CAACGCGCGCCCCCUUGCCGUGCACCUUGCCCCCGUGUGCCUGCGACCGACGACUGCUGCCCCCGACUACGCAGGCGAGACACCGCGGCCGCGCCUGGCCCGCCCCGAUCUGUCCUCACCGCUGCCACCGAAAUGUCCGCAUAGCCCAGUGCUCCCAGGCCCGCCGCUGGAGACCCGACUCGCACCCGCGGGCCAUUGACGAGGCGGACCCGUGCUGGAGCUGGACGGCGCCGAGCCGGACACUGCUGCUGCUGAACGGCUGCGCUGCCUGCGCGCCCCGCCGCCAUGGACGCCCACCACCCGGGCUCGAACGUGUCCGAGGACUCGAGCGGUUCGACCGACGACCGCGUGCGCAAGUUCCAGAAGACGGGCGACCACGGCAGCCGCCUGCGCAAGGCGAGCGCGUCCAACGGCGUUGCUGCUGCCCGCCCCGGCCCGCCCGACACGCGCCCGCUGGGCUCGCAGCGCCGCAUCGCAAAGGUGCCGCUGGGCCCGCGCGGCCCGCCGCAGGACUUCUCUAAGCACAGGGUCGCCAGUGGAGCCUCCCUCGAGAACCGCCCGUUCCUGCCUGCCACGCGGCACGAGCAGCCCACGUCGAAUCCCGAGCCACGCGCCGCCGCUGCCCCGCCCGCCGACGCCGAGCACGGCGGGUCGUACGAUUUCCUGCCCACCGUCAACUUCGACGACUUUGCCAACAGCCUCGCCUACGAGCCCGCCCUGAGCGACUUCCCUGCGCCCGGCAGCUUCAAGAGCGCGAGCGCGAGCACGAGCACGAGCGCCGCCCCACCGAGCGCCGCCCCGCCCAUGCAGCCCUUCACCGCCGGGCAGGCCGACUCGCGGCCAUCGCGCAGCAACUCCUUCAUGCGCCGCUUCAGCCAGUCCAACACACGCACGCCCGGCACCACGAACCCCUCGAAGCCGCCCGCCGGCCCGCCCGCGCCCGCCGAGAACACCGUGGUGUCGCUGCCGCCCACCAACAUGGCCAUCCGCACGCGGCGACAGAGCCAGUUCCCAGCCCCUGCGCCGCCCAACCCCGCGGCACGUGCACCCCGAAAAAGUGUGGGUCCCGGCAUGCUGCCCAUGGGCUCCUUUGAGGGCCGCAGCGAGAUGCCGCGCGCCGCGAGCGGCAGCAUGGACCCGAACGCCCUCGGCCGUUCGCCGUCGAAGAGCCAGCCAAAUCGGCGAGAGACGCUGGCCGCAAACCCCCCCAACGCCACGCAGCGCCUGCCGAGUGCAGCGCGCACUGUGAAGGCGAAGUCGCUGCAGCCACCCUCGCGACAAACGUCCGGCCAGCACCUGUCCGCACAUUCGCUAACGCCCGAUCAAGGGUCCAUGCCUGGAUUCAACGGUCGCUCGCCAGGCAAAUCGCCGGCCCAGGGGCAGCGUGCAUUCACGCCCUCGUCGGCCGCGAGCAAGCGCCAGUCUACUGUGUCCCACCACUUCGGCCUGGGUGCGCGCACCAUUAGUCCGACGGACGCACGCAGACUGAAGCGCCUCUCGAUGAACCCGAACAUGCCAAUCCCCGGCGGGCCAGUGGGACCCCCAACACCACAGGGCGAUUUCACCUUCGACGAUCAGGCCUUCAGCCAGUCUCCUGGCAUCUCCAUCAGGAAGAGCGAGACACCGUCUUCUGCGCGUGCAACGCCAGAUCAGAACCGUAAAUCGUACGCUUCAGGCAUCUCUUUAUCAUCAACAUCCAGCAUCAAUUCUUUGAAAAUUGGCGGCUCUUCGAUACCACUGCGUACUAACCCGACGUUGCAAAGCUCUAGACUACCCACAGCGAAGCCACGAAACGUUCACAGCUCAGCUGGCGGCGAGACAGAAGAUGUGCCGCCCGUCCCGGCCAUCCCCAAAGCCUACGAAUCUCCAAAGGAUCCCGAGCGCCAAACAUUUUCCUUCUCGACUGCAGGUGUAAAGCCUAGCACUCCGUCGUGUGGACCUAGUUUGCCAGCCGGUACCAAUCAGCACACGCAAGGAGCUCGAAGCAGCGAACGCACAAACGAGGCGUCGCAGCUGAACUCGAGCACCGGAUCUAUCAGACAUAGAAGAGGACUGACAGUGGGGAAUGCGGAGGCUGACCGGACGCCGACGAUGCAGCAUUCAAGCAAGAAAGAUCUGCAGCCGAUCAGACUGCCACCGCUGAACCUGCUGCCUCUCGAUACCCCUGUCAGUAACCGGAUUUCCUCGUUCAGCAAACCUUCGUCUGAAGACAAGCGCGAUGUUAAUGUUACGCCUCCACCAAAGCGUGCUACGAAUAAGACUCCCAGCACGCCCAUGACGGCCUCGAAGACAAGCUUCUUCUCCGGCAGCGGCUAUAAUGGGUACGACUUUGGCAAGCACAUCCGUAGCAGCAGCUCUGCCAUCAAUUUGCGAGGUAGCGCGGAUACAAAGGACAAGUCACACAGUGGCAUGGCUGCGAUGCCAAUUCCGACUCUGCAUCCAGGGCGACAGGCGAGCACAACUCCUUUCUCGUCGAAUUCAUUGCCAAAGGGUAGUGACGAGUUCUCCCGCUUGAAAUCCCGCCCAAGCGGCGAGUUUCAGUCUAAUGAAAAGGACGUUGAAUUGCAGAACAUGAAAGGUCCCGGUCCACGUCCGCUGAAGAAGAGUAACACAAUGGACUCCACGCACACGGCCUCCUCGACCGAUCCGGAAACUCCUUCGUCAGGCACAUCACUUAGGCGCAAAUUGAGCUUGGGUGGCUGGCGACGAACAGGGUCGAAGGCUGCAUCCCAUCCUGCUCAAAACCCAGCAGCUCGGAAAGGCACCCAGCAGGCAGAAGCACCUGCUCCGCAACCACCAAAACACGCCGACAUGCCGCCACCUCGCCUGCCAGCCUCAGCUACUUGGAGUGGCGCUAUCAAUACGAGCCCGACCCCUGAACCAAGUGCCAGUCGUCUGCGGCCUUCCCUUGACUUCGGUCGACGAAAGCCAUCGACAGCCACCAUCCCUAGCGAAACUGAUUCGGAUGCAUCAGUAGCACGCAAGGAGCCAAAGAAUGCUCCUGCAAAGACGACGACAGGCUACAACACAUCAGGGGCUAGCCAGCCAUCCGUGAAACCGAGUUCGUCGAUCUUGCCGUCCAUGCAGAGAAUGCUUGGUUCUAAGAGUUCCUCCAAUGUACUCAGGUCGCGCCAUUUGGAUCCAAACCUAGACAGGGACGAUCUGAUGGCAGAUGAGGAGAUGAAGAAGCUUGCCUCCAAACGCAAGGACUUCGAGCACGCGGCGCGCGAUGUCGAUGCACUGCGCAAGCGUGCUGUGCCCCAAGAACGUGUGACGCCGGCGCAAGCUUUGCAGAUGGUCAACUUGAACAUUUUCGAGAGAGGCGAGAUCAUCGACUACAAGGAGGUCUACUUCUGCGGCACCAAGAACGCCAAAAAGCAUGUCGGCGAUCUCAACGCGCAGACUGCAAAUUUCGGGUAUGACGAUGACCGCGGCGACUACAACAUAGUCUUUGGCGAUCAUCUCGCCUACCGAUAUGAGGUUGUUGAUCUGCUUGGCAAGGGCAGCUUCGGACAAGUUGUGCGCUGCGUCGACCACAAGACAGGAGGACUUGUGGCUAUCAAGAUCAUUCGCAACAAGAAGCGGUUCCACCAGCAGGCCUUGAUUGAGGUCAACAUUCUGCAAAAGCUGCGCGAAUGGGACCCCGACAACAAGCACAGCAUGAUCAACUUCACGCAGAGCUUCUACUUCCGUGGCCAUCUUUGUAUUUCUACCGAACUUCUCGGCAUGAACUUGUACGAGUUCAUCAAGGCCCACGAGUUCAAGGGCUUCUCGACGCGUCUCAUUCGCCGAUUCUGCAAGCAGAUGCUAGCGUCUCUAGUUCUUCUGAAGAGCCAGCGGGUGAUUCACUGCGAUCUGAAGCCCGAGAACAUCCUCCUCGCGCAUCCACUGCACUCCGAAAUCAAGGUCAUCGACUUCGGAUCCAGUUGUUUCGAGAACGAGAAGGUGUACACAUACAUUCAGUCGCGUUUCUACCGCUCACCGGAAGUCAUCCUGGGUAUGAGCUACGGCCUGCCGAUCGACAUGUGGAGCUUGGGCUGUAUUCUUGCAGAGCUUCUUACUGGAUACCCCAUCUUCCCCGGCGAGAACGAGCAAGAGCAGCUUGCUUGUAUCAUGGAGAUUUUCGGACCUCCAGAGAAGCAUCUGAUCGAAAAGAGCAGCAGAAAGAAGCUAUUCUUUGAUUCCCUGGGCAAACCGAGAGUCACGGUUUCCACCAAAGGGCGCCGUCGCAGGCCAAGCUCAAAGACCUUGCAGCAAGCCCUCAAAUGCGACGACGAAGCAUUCUUGGACUUCAUUGCACGUUGUUUACGCUGGGACCCCGAGCGCCGCAUGCGUCCUGACGAGGCAAUGCAGCACGAGUUCAUCACUGGACUCCGCAAGAAUGCUGGAAGACGACCUGUCGUCAACUCUGCAUCGAGUACUGCAUCGCCCGUCAAACGAGCACCGGUUGCUCAGGCUCCGCAGGCCCGCGUGCGACCCCUCCCUGAGCCUCCCGGGCCAAGCGUCAAGAACGGCAUCGCGCUCAACAACCAACGAGGGCCUAGUAGCUCCCCGAUCAAGACCAACGGGCCUCGACGCCACUCCACAGUCAGUGGCCCGCCCGGCCCCGGAGGAACGGCUGUCAAGCGAGCGGCAAACGGCGCUCCAGCCAACGCUACAAGCAACCUAAGUAACUUGCCGCGGGUUGCACAACGCAGCGUGUCCGGCAAGCCUGAUCUUGCCUCAGCGGCGGCCGUUGCCAGCCUGCAGAAAACGCGCUAG